AUUGACAGCUGUUUACAUCGUCUUGCAAAGGAAUUCUAUUUGUGUACAAUUGCGAAUGAUUCAUUUGGAAGAAAUAGAAAGUAGUGUUUCUAAUUAAAAUCGUUUGGUUCGAUACUGUGAUUUAAUAGCUAAACUUUCGUAUUGCAUCUGUGAGAGCAAACUGACAUGGGCCUAUUUGGAAAAUCGCAAGAAAGGAAUCCAAAAGAUAUGGUUCAGGAGUGGUCUUCAAAGUUGAGAAAAGAAUCCUAUGCUUUGGACAGACAAAUCCGUUCGAUCCAGCGAGAGGAGGAAAAGCUUAAGCGAUCUCUGCGGGAAGCUGCAAAGAAAAAUGACAAAGAAGUUUGCACAAUUCUUGCGAAGGAAAUGAUUCGCUCGAGGAAAGCUGUGAAUAAGAUUUACACCAGCAAAGCUCACAUAAACUCUGUCCAGCUGCAGAUGAAGAACCAGAUGGCAACGAUACGAGUGGCCGGUUCACUCGCCAAAUCCACUGAAGUGAUGCAGGCAAUGCAGGCGCUUGUUAAGCUGCCCGAGGUGGCCGCAUCCAUGCGGGAAAUGUCCAAAGAGAUGAUGAAGGCGGGUAUCAUUGAAGAAAUGAUCGAUGAAACGAUGGAGUCGCUGGAAGACGUCGAAGAGAUGGAGGAGGAAGCACAGAAGGAAAUCGAUAAAGUGCUGUGGGAAAUCACUGCUGGAAAACUUGGGGAAGCUCCAGCGGCACCUAUGGCUACCCCUGCGACGGAGGGCGAAGGGGAAGCUUCUGGUGUCGACGCGGAAGCAGAAGAUGACGAAGAAGAUAUGAAAGAUAUGCAGAGUCGACUGCAGGCUCUACGUUCCUAAUCCAGUGGGAACAGCGGAUGGAGACUUAGAUUGUAUGCGCGACUAAUGUCUACGCUAUGGAGCCGGCCACUGUUUUUUUCGCUCGCUCCCCACGUCUUGUUUGUAAAUAUGCUCAUGUUUGGCUGUAAAGGCGACGCAAUCGUUGUUGAGAAAGAUAAUGCCAAUCGGAUCGUUCUUUGUGUGAUGUUUUGACAAGGGAAGGGUACAUGGCAGUUAGGUUUUGUAGUGUAGACAGCUGUGUUUACCAAACAUGUAUUGAACACUAAGAAUAUUUAAAAAUAAUAUAAAUAAUUGGAAAAUCAUCUUUUUUAUUGUUCUUAAAUGCUAAAAGAAAUAAAUAGUUUAGUCACAAUAAA